AACUAACUUAGCCACUAAACAACUGUUUCAGUACUCAGACCCGCCGUGCAUUGCAGUCCUCAAACUUCGCUACCUGUAUUUCCGAUUCUGAUCACGAUGGGAUAAGAUUCAUUUCUUGCAAAAUUCAACAAAUUGGAAGAAGAAAAUCUCCAAAUCAUCAGAACAAAAAUGCAUUCGCCAUCGUUAAGUAUGCGUAGUCUGGUCAAUUUGCGGUUGCUUAGUUCUGAUGUGAGCGUGAAGAGGAGAAGUAAUGUCAUCGUGGCUUGUGCCACAGAGGGAGACACUCGAAGCUCCUUUCUCUCCCGGACCCAAACCUAUGCUCUUCUCAAGCAGCAAAUGGAAGUUGCUGCCAAAUCUGAGGAUUACAAGGAAGCAGCUAGAAUUCGAGAUUCUCUGAAGUCGUUUGAAGAUGAGGAGCCUGUUUUGCGUCUCAAGAGAUUGCUCAAGGAAGCAAUUGCUGAUGAGAGGUUCCAGGAUGCAGCUAGUUAUCGUGAUGAGCUAAAGAAAAUUUGCCCCCACUCUCUUUUAAAAUGUUCCAGUGACGCUACAACACUGGGAGUCAGGGUUCAGGUAAGAAGUGUAUAUAUAGAGGGUAGAAGUCAGCCUUCAAAGGGACUAUACUUCUUUGCAUAUAGAAUAAGAAUUUCCAAUAACUCAGACCACCCUGUCCAACUUCUUAAAAGGCAUUGGAUUAUAACCGACGCCAAUGGGAAAGCAGAAAAUGUCUGGGGGAUUGGGGUUGUUGGUGAACAGCCAGUAAUACAUCCCAGGACUAGUUUUGAAUACUCUUCAGCAUGCCCAUUAAGCACACAAAAUGGUAGAAUGGAAGGUGACUUUGAGAUGAUCCACAUUGAGAGUGUAGGCUCACGAUCAUUUAAUGUUGUCAUUGCCCCAUUUUCUCUCUCUUUACUUGGAGAUGAUGAAGUUCAUACGAUUUGAGAUUGAACUGCAGCAUCACCUCUGAGAUCAUGUUCGAUUAGCAUCUGGAGUAUGUGGAGGAUUAUCGGUAUCACUGCCAUUAUGAAAAAUUAAAGCAGGCUAUUUGUAUUAUCAAGUUUAAAAUUAAAAUUGAUUGUGGGUAAUAUAUUAUCUGCAUGCAUAUGUAUUUUAUUGGAUUGAUGUGUAAAAAAAAAAACAGAAAGAAUAUUCAGAAUAUACUACCAUACACAGUUGAAAUUUGAAA